UUGAAUUCUGCGAUCGACAUGACGGCUUUCAUUGUGGCAGUUCAAAUUUUAUACUUCACGAGCCAAAUAUUUGCAGUAGACGAGAGUUAUCUAAGAAUUCCUAAAGGUCUUUCAAUCGGCGCUGCAACAGCAGCUUAUCAAGUCGAAGGUGCAUGGAAUGUGAGUGAUAAAUCUGAAAGUGUAUGGGAUCGACGAGUCCAUACAAAUGCAUCCUAUUACGGUGGUGGAGACAGUGGAGAUGUAGCGGCUGAUUGUUACCACAAGUAUAAACAAGACGUACAAUUAAUGAAGAAUAUUGGUUUGAAUCAUUAUCGGUUCUCUAUAAGUUGGUCACGAGUUUUGCCGAGUGGAUCCCCGGACAAAAUUAGUAAAGAUGGAAUUCAGUAUUAUAAGAAUCUAAUUGACGAACUAAUUGCCAAUGGAAUAGUCCCAUUCGUGACGAUAUUUCAUUUUGACGAUGUGCAAUCCUUGAUUGACAAGACAGGGGGAUGGACUAAUGAGUCGAUGGUUGAAUAUUUUGCUGACUAUGCCAGAGUUAUAUUCCGAGAGCUCGGACCAAAAGUUAAAUUCUGGACUACUAUCAAUGAGUUGAAUAUCUACUGCGAAGAGAAUUUCUAUGUGAAUGAGACUAAAGUAAACACAGCGUAUACAAUCCGUUAUAGUUGUGUACAUAAUCUACUGAAAGCACAUGCACGUGCCUAUCAUAUUUACAACGACGAAUUUCGAUCAACGCAAGGCGGCCAAGUUGGACUAAUCGUACACGGCGCUCAUCAUCUGCCACUGUCUCCCAGUGAUACGGAAAGUGAAAAAAUUGCAUUUGACUUUGAGACUGGGUGGAUAAUGCAUCCUAUAUUCUCAAAGCAGGGAGACUAUCCGGCAGUCAUGAAACAGAGAAUUGCUGAGAAUAGUAAAAUUGAAGGGUUGGCGUCUUCAAGAUUACCAGAAUUUUCGGCUGAAUGGGUAAAGUACAUCAAAGGAUCGGCUGAUUACCUUGGUUUGAAUCAUUACGUGUCAUACAUGGUUGCACCAGCUUCCAAAUAUGAUGGACGAUGGUACGAUGAUACAGGUCUCAACAAAAGUGAUAACUCUGACUGGAAGUACACUACCUCCGGAUUUUCCAUAUUCCCUAAAGGUAUCGGAGCGGUUCUGAGGGAAAUAAAAUUGUCUUACAAUAAUCCGCCAGUUUACAUCUUAGAGAACGGAAUGGCAGCAAAUUCUGGAAUCAAUGACACCGAUAGACUUUCGUUUUUGUAUUCUUUCAUGAAGGAAGUGUUGUUGGCUAUUCGUGAUGGUUGCGAUGUGAGGUCAUACACUGUUUGGAGUCUGCUCGAUAAUUUUGAGUGGUAUUCUGGAUACUCGGAACCGUUCGGACUAGUACACGUAGAUUUCAAAGAUCCUAAUCGCACAAGAACUCUCAAGCUUUCUGCUCACUGGUUGACAAGAGUCAUGAAGGAAGGGAAAUUGAUACCGUAUAAAGAUAUGUUCACGACAAAGGUGAAAAAUAAUUGUGGCUGUCUGCACGGAAAGAAUGUCCAUCAUCAGUUUCAAGUUUUGUUCAUUUCGUUGGUCUUGAUGGCAUUCCGUAUAUUCUAAACGGAAAAUGUUUUUAAUCGCCGAAGUUGGAACAGGAACACGUGACCGUUAUUUUUCUUACGUCAUAUUUUCGAUCAUAUUCUCCUCCCCCUCACACGAAAAAAUUUAUAUUUUGAAAAAUAUAUUUAAAAAAUAUCUUAAAUUCGCCGCAUUCAUAUUUUUUAAAUAUAUUUUUUGAUGAGGGCCUGCAAUUCUGUUCCAACUAGCUAGAUAUAAACUGA